AUGUCACGCGAUAUCCCACCACAGUUGAGAGAUAAGUUCAACUGCAUCACACCGGCUCAAUUUAACCAAAUAUAUGCAUUAAGAAACGUUGAUGUUUCCAGAAUUAUGCCCGGAUUUGAUUAUGCAAAACAAUGCGUUAUAACCACCCCAUUCACUAUCGUCCCUAAUGUUAUUCACCCCGAGAUUAAAGCCAAUUGCGAGAAAGUUGAUUCAGAUGAAUCACCAAUAUCUAAUAUUAACACCACCACUGGUGCAAGAGGUGAGAUAAGAACGUCAUUUAGAUGUGAUAGACAUUAA